AUGGCUCUCAUCGAUGCACAAGUGCACUUCCUAGAGGAAUGUGUUGUCCUGGUACACAUCCCAUUGGAGCUGUACCCGUACUUCUUGAAGUCCGUUCUGAGACUCAUUCUGGAUGAAACUCCACCACUGGAAGACAGGACAGACGAUGAUGCUGCAUUUGAUGAUCUCGACAACGCCUCGGAGCAUGGCUCGGCAUACAAACCACCUGCAUUCAUGAACAUCUCUAUCACUCCUGUCGAAGUCUCUGUCAUGUGUCCUAGACGCCUGGUCGACAAAUACUUCGUCCCGGUCAUGGACCAACUCGACCAGUUGGACACCUCACUCCGAUCCCGUCUGAUCGUGAGCGAGAAUGACUAUAUCGCUAUGCAAGUCCUCGGCCAAGGCCUCGAGGCCGGCAAACGAGUCUUGGAAUUGACCAGUCCACUUGCCCUGGCAGGCAUCUCCAUCUUCUUCAUCUCCACCUACUUCUCCGACUACAUCGUCGUGCCAAAGCAAAGCAAAGCAAGCGUGAUAUCCGCCCUGGAAAAAAGAGGCUUCCAAUUCAACAACACCUCAGCCGCCUUCAUCACCAGCCCGCUGAGCCCAACCACCGAAAGAAGACUCAGCGACCUAAUCCCACCAGGAACACCACCCCCCUCAACCCUAGGCGAACUCCAAACCCGCACCUUCAACAACCUCCGCAAAAACCAAAUCACCCCAUCCGUAGACGACUCCCUCCGGCUAGUCCAAUGCGCCGCCCACCACGAAUACCACACCCAAGAAUCCUCCAUGUCCAUCCUCCGCGACGCCCUAACAACAGUCCUCCUCGUCGACGAACCCCGCUUCCUCUCCCUAACCCUCGCAGCCCUGGACCCAGCCGCCUCCCUCCUCCUAGAAAAACGUCUCCUGCCCCGCUUCGCCCGCCAAUCAACCUCUUCCACAGGAACACGUUCCUACGAAGACGGCUCCGGCCUCCUCCUCGGCUCAAAGGAAGACCACCUCAUCCCAAUCACCCUCGACCUCCGCGACCUGCCCCUCGAAGCCUCCGGCAUCGUCUGCGGCGUCGCGGGUCGUCUCGCGGACGCGGCUACCGUCCCGCACCCGCACCCGCACGCACUACCUGAUAGCGCGAUCGAUAGCGCGAUCGACAGCGGUGCCAGUAGUGUUGUCGGCUCGGUGCCGAAUCUGUUUGAUUCUUUCGGGACGAGGCUUGCGGCGCUUUCUAUCGAUAAAUCGGCUCAUGGAUUGCAUUCCUUGUCUUCGCAUCAUCUCCAGCCCGGUGUGGAUGUUGCUGAUGCUGUUGAGAUUAGUUUUUUGAGUACGGCGCGUGCCGGUACGAUUAUUGUUGGUGAGGAUGAGCUGGGGAGGGCUAUUGGUGCCCUUGAGGAGGAGAGGAGGUUGGAGCCUGGACUUGAGGGUGGGAGCUUGGAUUCGCAGACGCCGCUUAAUAGUCCGCUGCGGCGGUAG